GUUUUGGACGUUGUCCCACAAAAACUAAACUGGAGGGCACCAACAAAAUUUGGUCGUGAUGAUCUCGAGACUCUCAUGGCCUCUGAUUCCGCCGCUGUCUGGGUGAGGAUCGAUCUCAGAGAUGUUACUUGGUUUUUUAACGGUUGCUCCCAAACAUAAAUCCAAUGCUGCAGAAAAUGGCUAAUAAUAUUGCAUUCCAACUUCACAACAUGAUGAACUCCCCUGGUGAUGCCUCUCACCAGACAUCACCACCUUCUGAGGAUAACUUUGAUUGCAUACCUUCUGCUAAAAUAGAUUCUACCCAGAAAACCAGCUUGCAAGAUGAAGUAAUCCCUACACUUGGUCUAGAUGACCACUCUUUUGACAUUUUUGGUGACAAAAAGAACUCUGAUAAUAGUGAAAAGGAAUCGGGUAGCUCUAGUGACAGCGACAGUGACAGCGAAAGUGAGACUAGCGAUACUGGAAGUGAAAGUGGCAGCCAUAGCAAAGGUAGAAGCAAAAGUAAAAGUCCAGUGGGAAGUGGAAGUAGCAGUGAUAGUGAAAGUGAUGACAGUAAAGAAGGAUCAGAUGAGGAUGUGGAUAUAAUGACUAAUGAAGAUGACCAAGAGACGAAGCAAAAAUUACAGGCUUCUAGUUCACCGAUUAUAUGUGAGGAUUCAGGUACUGUAGCUGCAGAAAAUGGGAUUGCUGCUGAUGUACAAGAUGGUGGUUCUGAUCUAGUGGAUAUCGAGAAUUAUACUCCUGACAAUGAUAAUAUGGAAAUGACUUUUCCUGCUAACUCUGAGGUUAACAAAGAAUCUGAAAAAUAUAUGGAACUUCAUGAGAGCCCAAUGAGUUUGGUACAAACUACCAAGGAUAGCAUAAAACACAGAGAGUUGGUGAACAGAAAUAUGGACACUCAAUACCAGAAAUAUGGUGAACAGGUUGGGAAAGUCAAGGAAUCUGCACAAGUCUCAAAACCUUUAACGAGUUUUUCUCUGAAAGACAACGAAAAGACUGAUACAGACAGGUAUCCUUUCGCGAUACAGGGAAGUGGGAGAACACUUCAAACGGAUCUCUCUGAACUCGAGUUGGGUGAAUUUCGUGAACCAUUGUUGGAGGUUACACCUGUGGUGGAAAAACAAAUAGAACAAAAUAAUCCACUAAAACAGUCAGAGGACAGGUCAAUUACUGAUCCAAACAAAGGGAAGCCCGAUGGAAGAAGAUUUUUAGACCAAAGAAAGAAGUCAAUUCCAAUUCUUAACAACCAAGAGAGUCUAGUCAAGAAAAAGAUCCCUGUUAAUCACACUGACUCAACAAAACUUGGAAAAUCUCAACAACCAGAUAUGAUUGUUAAGCCAAGAAACAAUGAGGUUGGAGGAAGCUAUGACUUCAGUGUGGGAGGUGGAGACAUUAACAGAAAAUUAGCACCUAAACAUGCAGAGCUAUCUCAUUCGUUGAAGAAUGGGAGAAAACAAAAGUCUAGCUUGUUGACAGAUGUAAAUGGUCAACAGAAGGAUACUUCUUUAACAGAGAGUACAGAAGAGGGGGUUGGUCUAAAGAGAAGGGAACUUUCUUCAGACGAGAUUAGUUGUUCUUAUUCUAAAUAUGAGAAGGCAGCUCCAGAACUCAAGGGACCAAUUAAAGAUUUCUCUCAGUACCAAGAAUAUGUGCAAGAGUACCAAGCCAAGUACGAUAGCUACUGCUCUUUGAACAAGACAUUAGAGGGCUACAGGAAUGAAUUCCACAAGCUUGGCACCGAGCUUGAAAGUGCCAAAGGAAAAGAUAUGGAGCAUUAUUAUAUUAUUUUGGGAAAACUGAAUGAAUCCUACCGCCAGUGUAGCCCGAGACAUAAACGGCUGAAGCAGAUAUUCAUCGUCUUACAUGAAGAGUUAAAGAAUCUGAAGCAGAUGAUUAAAGAAUAUGCCAUAUCCUUCCAAACGAAUCCAUUUCCAAAUCCUAAAAUCUUGCACAAUGCUUACAAACGUGCAUUAAAGUAGCUUUGGAGUAUAGAAGCUUUUUGUAAAUGUAUAGAAAAUGAAGAUGUUUCUUGAAGCUUGAGGGUGAUGGUCUUAACAAGAAUCAGAGUUAUCGUGGAUCAAUAUUGUUAGAAUAUAAAAUAAUAUAUUUAUAAGAUAUUAUCACAAUA